CCAGAGGCAAUCAGAAUUCUUCUGACAUCCGAGAACAAAUCAUCAAACAUCGCAAUCAUGAAGUGCAUCGCAGCUGUAGUCAUGAUGGCAUUCGCCGUUGCCGCUGAAGCUGGAUACGUCCCGCUGCUGUACAGUGCUCCACUGGCGUACUCCGGGCAUACGACCGUCGUCCAGGGUAACCAAGCUGCUCCGGCGAAGAUUACCGAGUAUCAAGCUCUGGCUUAUUCUGCCCCAGCCUAUGCUCCUUACUCCUACCCGUCUUAUUACGCCUAUCCUGCUCCGGCUCCCAUCGCUUAUUCUGCUCCAGCCGUACUGCUCCAGAAGGAAGCUCGCUAUCUGGCCGCUAACCGUGGAGCAAUUCAUGAAGCGCCUCUUCCAGGACACGAGCUUUCUCAGCAACAACUCAAUCUGCAACCAGCUGCGUAAACCGAUUGAGAUCGUCCAAC